AUGCUGAUUCUACCAGAAAAUAUACAGAUUUAUGUUCUCCCUAUUGUUGGAUGGGGUUGUUAUUCGCUUGGAAAUCGAAUUCAAGGUUGUGCAACAGUAUUUAUUUUCUCGUUCCUCCUUGGUAUAAUUUACCUAUGCUUUGGUGCCUAUCCGAAAUCAUUCAGAAACGUAAUAGAUCCGCUUUCAAUGGCAAUUGGAUUUUUACUCUUCUUCGAAACAUGUGCAGGGGUAGUUUUAGCACUGGAAUUGAACAGGCUCAGCUAUACAUAUUUCAUUAUGGCAUCAUUGGUCAUUGCUUUAGGCAUCUAUUUGAUAAUAUUAAAAUUUGAAAAGAAUAUUUACAAACACUACAAGAGAAAACUUAAUUCUGUCGAGAAAUUUGAGGAUUUACAUAUAAAAAACUCAUCAGUUUUCCAAAAAUACCUAUGUGUUGCAUAUAAUACUCAUCAUAAGUUUUUACUUGACGGCACAAUGAUCAAAUACGCUUGUGAUAAAUUCCAUGAUAUCCAUACAUAUCACAUGCUUCUCAGAUUGGCUCUAACUCUUCCUUUGGAUACACCAAAUCUCGAUUUAAUUGAGAUUAACGCGUCCGCUAUCAUUAUGAGCUAUACAACGCUUGCAUACUCUAUCUUUGAGUAUAAGACAGUUCAAGCAUGGCGACAAGACUUCAUGGAUGCGUUAAGUGCCGAAAAUAUCAUUACAACAAAUAAAUUUGUCAAAAACUUUACAAAAAUCGCAUUUUCUUAUGCGAGUUUUAUACAAAGAGAAGGAUCAAAGUCAUCAUUUGUUUUCGGCCAAGCUCUCAGUGAGAUUGCAACUAUACUUCAAUCACAUAUUGACAGAUGGUUGUUGUUUCAUCCGACAAGGACACAAGUCCUCAAAACUGCUGCAUAUUUCUAUGAGCAUUGUUUCUUAGAUAAAGGCAAAGCAAGGGAACUGACUCAACAAAUCAAUUUAUACGAUUAUUUCACGAUGUUAUUACCUAAUUGGCGUGAAAUACAAACAAUCAAAAAGUAUCCAAUUGAUUUGUCAAAAUACGAAAAUAUUGUUGAAACAGGACAAACGAAUAAUGUCCCUCCAAGUGAAGAUGUAACAGAUUCAACAGCACAAACAGAUAAACUACUUGCAAAUGAUAUUGUUUAUUCUGAAACUCGUUCGUGUUUGAAUAUUAAUUUUGUCAUUAUUUUGUUGUGUUUGGCUGGUUUGAUUCCUUUCAUUACAAUGAUUUAUUUGACAUGUAGAAGUUACCAAAAAGACUUCAGAGCUCUUGUUUUAAUGACAGACUAUUGGUCACAACAUGUUUAUUAUGUUGUAGGAAUGAUUGUUUAUGGAUUAGAACCUGGUUAUGAUACAAAUUUCACUUCAGAAGAUAGAUCUCAUGUUUCUAAAUUUAUUAAUGAAUUUGCUGUUGCUUAUUCUACUUAUUACACGAAAAUAAUGUUGUUGUUAAACUACUACAGGAAUUUGAACAGAACAUGUUCUCAUCUCUAUACAACACAGUAUUUUCCAUCAAGAACUUUGGCAGGAAGUCCAAGAUUUUACAAUUUUGCCUCAAUGAUGAGAAAAAUUUUGGCAUCAGUGAAAGAAGCAUAUCCAGAUCAAUCAUCAAACAGAUCAACAAUAGAAGAAACAAAUUUUGUUGUUGAAAUGUUUACGAAUGCUUCUGAUUAUUUCGCAAUUUUCUUGCAAGAUUACUAUAAAUGUCUUGAUGAUUCAUAUGAAGUAUCUAAGAGUGAUAUUUAUUAUUGGUCAUAUACAUGGGGAAGUAUUAUUCUUGUUGUUUGUUUCUUAAUUCUUUUGUUUUGUUGUUAUAUGAAUUGGAUAUUGCGAAAAAUGAAUGAAUCAUUCAAUAAAAUUGAUUCAUCCAAUGCAUCAAGACUAAUGGAAGUUAAUCUAAGUCAAAGAUAUCAUAGUGUUUCAUAUUAUAUUUCUAUGAUUUUGAUUUUCUCUUUUAUGGUUUUUAUCGUUAUCGUUGUUUCAUUAAUUGCAAAUAGAUUGAUAAUGCUUGAGUUGCAGAAGACAACACAAGAAGUAACAACUAAUGAUUUAACAGAUAUUGGCUUGAUGGGUGUUAUUGGAACAGCUUUAAGUUCAUUGGAAAUUUCAAAUAUGUCAGUGAAUGUUUCGAGAUAUCAAUUGAUUAAAAACAUUGUAGCGGUAACAAGUAUCUGGUUCCCUAAUGAUGAAAAAUGGGGAUACAACAAUGAAUCAUCUAAUGCUUUGUAUGAUAUUAUGGUCUCUGUAAUGAACCAAAUGAAUGGUUUGACAAUUGAAUAUAACAGAACUAAAAACCAAAUCGCAAGACAUGAAUAUAAUGAAAGAUUGAGACCAAUGUUUAAAGAAAGAGUUGAUAAUAGGACAUUGAAAUACUAUGAGAAAUCGAAAUAUGUAAGUAUAAUUAAUGGCCAGCUUCAAGCUAUAUUGUUUUCUACUAUAACUUUGUUGUUUUUCGUAAUUGGAGUAUUAAUUGUCAGUUUCACGAAAUCAGUUAUUUUCACUGAAUUCAUUUUGAAAUUAAUUCCUUAUGUUCAUCAGCAAACAGAUACUAAUACACAAGAUGCAUUGCGUGUAGCAAGUUCUUAUGAUAGUCGUUUGUUGUUGGAUAUUUUGGGAGUUCCUGGAGCUUUGAUUGAUGAAAACAAUUUGAUUUUGUAUGUCAACCACGAAUGGAUGACAAUUUUCACUGGAACGCAAUCAACAUUUGUUGGUAUCAAUUACCAGAUAUAUGCAGGACGUGAUCCUGAUAUUGUUAUAUAUGAUACAUUUGAAAAUAAUAGAAUUGUUUCGAUUGGAAGAUCAAAGAGAAUCAUGAAAUUGAGAAAGCAAAUUAAUUUGAUGGAAGAAGAAUAUGAAAAACUCAAUCAAUCAACAAAACCUAAUAAUGUAUUAACAGAAGAACAAAAAGACAAGAAAGUAGUAUGUGCAAGUUUAUCUGUCAUUUCUUACAACUUACAAAAUGAAGAUAUUGAUUUAAUCAGGAAUUUCACUGAUUUACUCUUCAAUUUAAUCUCCCAGGAAAUGGAGAAUUUAGAAGAUGCGAAAUUAUUCAUGUGGUCGUAUUCCGAUAUAACAAUUGCUUUCGGAUUUGAUUCUGAUAACUUAAUAUUGUCUGCUUUGCAAGCCAUACACUUGAUAUCAGUUUGUACGCAGUUCAUUAUUGAAACUGAAGAUUUCUAUGGUUUAUAUUGUUCAUCUUCUUUGAUGAUUGGAAAGAUUGAUGAAAAAUUUGAUGGAACUAAAUGUAGAUCAUGGAGAAUUCCUAAUUCUAUAACAUUGUCAGCUGAUGUCGCUGGUUUGAUAUCGAAUUACAUCGCUGAUAUGACAUAUAUAUUAGAUAAUGAUAUAGCAAUCAUCAUCUUAGAAGGAACUGAUGAUGAAGAUGAAGAUUCUGAUUAUUGA